AUGGAAUUGUGUUCCAAUAGUCUUAAGAAUAUUCUUCAACAUAAACCACAAGUAUUUGGUCGACAACCGGAAGAACCCAUGAAUUCAAUCGAGUUUUACAUUUCGUGUCAUAUAUUUAAAGAGAUCUUAGAAUGCGUUCAAUAUUUACAUGACUUAAAACCUCCGGUCAUUCAUAAGGACCUUCACUCUGGAAAUAUAUUACUGGCCAGAAAUUGGCUGACUUUGGGUCGGCUACUAUUCGCAAAUCUAUUUCAAAUUAACCCGGCCUAUGAAGCACCGGAAGUACGUAGGGGUGAGUCAAAUGAACCCAAGAGUGAUGUCUACACUUUGGCCAUAAAUACUGAAGAGAUUUUUGGUUUUGAUUUGGAGGACAUAAUGCGAAGUAGUUCACAGAAGUAUUCAUCAGAUAAUGAAAUGUUUAACAAAUGUGUAAUUGAAUUGAAACGAGAAUUAAAAGCCAUGUUAUCCUUAGACUCGACUGUCAGACCUACUUGUGGUCAAAACCGGUUCUUAUAUGUAAGUUUGAGAGUGGGGGUGGUUCUUAUAUUCGAACUUAAGAACCAUUGA